AUGACUUCUAUUAAUCCAUUUUUUGGUUAUGCUCUCAUGUCUGCAAGCACUGGAGUGUUCAGUCUAUUGGUCUUUCUAUACCUAGAGGUGCGAGUGUGUCCAAGAGCGGGGACACAAUUAGAUUAUUACAUAUUUCCAUCUGUGAUCGGCCGUUCUCUGUCGGCAGUAUUCUGCGUGACUCUCAAGCCGUCCUCAUCAAAGCAGCUCACUACUAUAAUUCUUCUCUUAACUAUUCCACUAGCGAUGGUUUUCAUGUUGUUAGUAAAGUCAGUUGGAAAAGCAGCAAGGUUAAAAGAAAUCAUGGAGUACUCGAGUUCGCCAGCGCUAGGAACAUCGGGAGAGUAUGUGUCUCUUAUGGAAAGGGACGUCGAUUUCGAUUCAGGCGACGAAGAUGGUUCGUUUGCCAACCGAGAGAUCUGA